AAUACCAUGUUAACCAAACAACGAGAAUUUAACAUAUGAAAUUCACAUGAAACAAACUACACCAGUAAACGAGAGAGAGAACGUUCAAUAUUAUAAUAUGGGCAUCCAUCUGUCAGUUUUAUAUAAUCCCUCAGCCCAAGCGCUUAGUGCUGAUCCACAGAGCACAGUAAUCAAUAUUUUUGCAAUAGAUGGACUCCGAGAGGGUUACUUUUCGACCAUUCAGGGUCAGCGAUGUGGAUGACUUCAUACUGUGGGCGGGCGAUGAGCAAGUCACUCGAACCAUCCGAUGGAAGACCAUCACCUCUAAGGAGGAAGCCUUGACCUUCAUCAAAGAAGUCUGCAUCCCCCACCAUUUUUGUCGAUCCAUAUGUAUAGAUGACCGCUCCAUCGGCUUUGUUUUGGUCAUCAGGUGGUCGGGCGCCGACAGACAUAAGGCGGACAUAGGGUAUGGUGUAGCUGCAAAGCAUUGGGGGCAGGGGAUUGCCACCAAAGCUGUGAAGAUGGUUAUAUCGGAGGUGUUCAAGGACUUCCCUGAUCUGGUAAGGUUGCAAGCAUUUGCAGUGGUGGAGAAUAUUGCUUCUCAGAGGGUGUUGGAGAAAGCUGGAUUCACCAGGGAGGGUUUACUCAGGAAAUACACAUUUCUCAAGGGCCAAUUGAAAGACUUGGUGAUAUAUAGUCUUUUGUCCACUGACUCGAACGGGGCCGUGGAUGAUAUGGUGUGAGAAAUAGCAUACAUGUAUAUGUACAUUGGGAUGUCAUUUUUAAUGAAACAUCGGUACAAUGCCUGACAAAUUUUAAAAGUGCUACGUAAAACUUAAUACUUAUUACUUAAUGAAUUAAAACUUACGACAAAAUAUAAGUAGUAGAUAUGGAAUCAUGGUUGCAAAAAAAAGAGACUAAUGAAAUAUGGACAAAUAAAUC